GUCCUGCAAAAGCACGAUAACAUACAUAACAUACUUUCACGAAAAACAAAAACAAAAAAAAAAAACAAUAUUUGACUAAAUGGUCAGAUAUCUUUUGGGGCCCAGUGAGUCCCCCAAACCCCCCCGCACCAUUGCUUGGGAUCCCUCACCCGGAAGUGGGUGGUGGAGUCUUCGUCAUCCAACUGCUCACACCACCGCCGACAUACUGCCUGCUGGGAUGUAGCUCAUCACCGGAGAAGCACGAACAUUGUCCCAAAUCGUAGCCGAAACACUGAGGAUUCCUCGACGUCGGGAACCAGAGCUUCACGAGAGGAGGACGGAAGACGCGCGCGGCCACGAUGAUGGAGGAAAUCGACAGAUUCCAAGUGCCGAGUGCGGUGCAGGAGGCGGAGAUGCAGUCUGAGAUGCAGCCGCUGGACCCGGCUGCUUCCACUGCUUCAGAGGCUCACUCCGUCACCAGGGAGGGGGAGCCGGUUACCAUCAACUAUAAGCUCUCGCCGCUGCAGAUGAAAAUAGAGAAACAAAGAGAGCUGGCCAGAACGGGCUCACUGAAGAACUGCAACACUGUCGGGAGUCCCGUCAACCAGCAGCCUAAGAAGAACAAUGUUAUGGCCAGAACACGGUUGGUAGUCCCCAAUAAAGGCUAUUCCUCUUUAGACCAGAGCCCAGAUGAAAAGCCUUUGGUGGCCUUAGAUACAGACAGUGAUGAUGAUUUUGACAUGUCGAGAUAUUCAUCAUCAGGAUACUCAUCUGCUGAGCAAAUCAAUCAGGAUCUGAACAUACAGCUGCUGAAAGACGGUUAUCGUCUAGACGAAAUCCCCGACGACGAAGACUUGGAUCUGAUCCCACCCAAAUCAGUCAAUCCCACCUGCAUGUGCUGUCAGGCUGCCUCCUCCACCACCUGCCAAAUCCAGUAACCCCUCCUCUGGCCUUCUGAGUCUAGCCCCUCCCAUACAUUACGACCCCCGCCGUCAUCCGCCGUGAGUUCUUAUUGCCACUUUGGUGGCAAGGUCGAGGCAUUGGUAGAAUUUUGUCAUGAGAGGAAAGCGCUAGGGUGAUGACAAAUGAACAAAAGGGUUUAAAAUCUAAGAGGAGGAGCCUAAAGAAGUAUUAUGGUGGAUUCCUCCUAUGGUAGGACAGGUGCUUCGGGUAGAGAGCUCCUCACUGAUGGAAUGAUGUAAUACUAGAUUCUGGUAUAAUAGACGAUACAGUAAAGAAAAAAGGUCAGUUGAUGCUGUAAAGUGAUUUCUAUCGUCCUGAAGAGUAAUGAACAUAAUAACUGAUGACUCAGCUAGUCUGCUUAUUUGUCAGUGAUUUGCUAGUUUUCUUUUAUUUUUUUAAACCCGGGGGGAAAUCAGAGGGGGAGGUUGUAUGUUUUCGGACUUGCAGAAACAAAAUUAGAGGAUGUCUAAUGUUGAUUGUAUCGCGGUGUAGCUCAGAGUAGCUCAGUAACACCUUCAAAACCCGCGUCUCUGUGCCUCUCCGGCUCGGAGAUGUGCAUUACAGUUUUCAGGGAUGAAUGUACGAAUACGACAAAGAAACAAACUGCAUGAGGAGCAUGGGAUGAGGGAAUGUUCGGUGUUACGUAGGUUUUGCACAUUCGCUUUCUGUUGUGCCGUCUCACACUGCUGCUGUGGCACUAGCUCAGCCUGCGUUAGUUCAAAUUUGCACAUUUUGUUUUUUAUAUUUGUUGAGUUUUAUUUCUUUUCCUGGUCAGCAGCAACAGUGGCUUAUCCGAUAUGGACUGUGUCAAAAGGGAAGACUUCAUACUCUGGAACAGGCUUUUUGCACACCCUCCCAUCAUCCCUAAGUAAUGAAAACCAAAGGAAUAGAGACUUUAGGCAGUUUAUUAAGUUAGACCCUUGCUCUCACCCCCUUUUUAGUGUCACAAUCACUGAUGCAGGAGCACAUAACCAGUCCAGUCUCUCUCGCACACAGAUGCAUGCACAAACCCACACGUCCAAAAAUGAGGUACAGAAAUCUUUUUUUUUUUUUUUGUAAUCUCUUUAUGAAUCAUUAUUAACUGGAUGACCUCUAAUCGCACAUUUACAAGCCUCUCUCUUCCCUGAAUCAGUUAUUUGCUAUUAGAGUAUGCCUUAAUUACACAGAAGUUUCAGAAUGAAAACGUGUAUUUGUUCAUUUUUGUUUUACUUGAAGAGCAUUUGCCAUCAAUGAUUUUUUAUGUACUCACAAGUGAUUUCAUUUGUUUCCUUUAUUUGAAAGAUUUUCUUGUAUUGUAAACACUCCCAUUAUAGUAUUUAACAAUGUUAUUGUUAUGUGCAGUGUAUGAAAACCAGAAAUAAACUAAAACACAAAUGGAAAUCCCCGUCACACAGUUCUGAAUUGGUUGGUAUACAAAAUAGUAAUAAAUGAGAGGCAGGAGAAUGCUUAGUAAGAAAUAAAAGUUCUUUUAUUGUUAAAACCA